AAAACUUACCAACACAAGCCAUCUCAAUAACUGGAAAAGAAGAAACAAUCCAUUACAAUGGAGCUGACUGCUGCAGCAGUAAACCUUCGCUCCGUGCUUGGACGCCAAGUUUCAGAGCUAAGCAGUGCGGCAGCGGCAGAUUCGCAUGUGGAGGAGGAGGUAGACGACGAGCUUCGGUUACAGUGGGCUGCCAUUGCCAGACUGCCCACUAUCAGGCUCCUCAGGACAUCUCUCUUUGACCAAGCUGAAGCUGCAGGGAAGAAGAAGGUUGUUGUUGAUGUCACGAAGCUCGGUGCCAACGAACGUCACUUGUUCAUCGAGAAGCUCAUCAGCCACAUCGAGAGUGACAACCUCCGGCUCCUCCAGAAACUCCGGGAGAGGAUUGACAGAGUUAAUGUUAAAUUACCCACUGUGGAGGUUCGGUUCGAGAAUCUAUCCGUGGAAGCAGAGUGCGAGGUAGUUCGAGGAAAGCCCCUCCCCACACUGUGGAAUUCCCUCAGGAGAUUGUUGUCGAUUUCCAUGGAGGUCAUAUCUUGCAAGUCUCAAGAAAGAAAGAUCAGGAUUCUACAUAAUGUCAGCGGAAUCAUCAAACCAUCAAGGUUGACACUUCUACUGGGGUCUCCCGGGUGCGGAAAAACGACUUUACUCAUGGCUCUUGCUGGAAAAUUAAAUCACUCUCUUGAGGUUAGCGGAGACAUAUCAUAUAACGGUUACAGGCUAGAUGAGUUCGUUCCUCAGAAAACAUCCGCUUACAUUAGCCAACAUGAUGAGCACAUACCCGAAAUGACAGUGAGGGAAACCAUCGACUUCUCAGCACGCUGCCAGGGCAUUGGAAGCAGGGCUGACAUGAUGAUGGAGGUUAGCAAAAUAGAGAGAAGAGAAGGUAUUGUCCCCGAUCUGGACAUCGACACAUACAUGAAGGCCAUUUCUGUUCAAGGACAAGAGAGAAAUCUUCAAACCGACUACAUUUUAAAGAUCCUUGGACUGGAUAUCUGCGCCAAUAUAAUGGUCGGUGAUGCACUAAGGAGAGGAAUUUCAGGUGGCCAAAAGAGAAGGCUAACAACAGGAGAGAUGAUUGUCGGUCCGAUGAAAACUCUCUUCAUGGAUGACAUCUCGACUGGGUUGGACAGCUCGACGACCUACCAGAUAGUGUCCUGCCUUCAGCACUUAGUGCACCUAACAGAUGCAACAGCCUUUGUCUCACUUCUUCAGCCUGCACCUGAAACAUUCAAUCUGUUUGAUGAUUUAGUACUGAUGUCAGAGGGAAAAAUCGUCUACCAUGGUCCACGAAACUCUGCGCUCGAAUUUUUUCAGCACUGCGGUUUCAAGUGUCCCAAAAGGAAAGGUGUCGCGGACUUCCUUCAGGAGGUACUUUCCCGGAAAGAUCAAGCGCAGUAUUGGUGCCGCUCGGACAUUCUAUACAGCUACAUUUCGGUGGAUCAGUUCUGCGAGAUGUUUAGGAAAAGUUACAUGGGGCAAAAUUUACAGGAUGGGCUCUCUGUUGCAUACGAUAGAUCUCAAUCCCACGAAGUUGCCCUUUCGUUCAGCACCUAUUCUUUGAGCAAAAAGGAAAUAUUUAAAGCAUGCAUGAGCCGAGAGUUGCUUCUCAUGAAGCGUAACUCCUUCAUCUACGUAUUCAAAACGAUGCAGCUUAUUGUCACGGCGCUCAUCACAAUGACGGUAUUCAUACGAACUGAAAUGCAUGUGGACUUGACCCAUGGCAACUAUUUGAUGGGAGCCCUAUUCUACACGCUCAUCAGGCUUUUGACUAACGGAGUGGCUGAGCUUACACUAACAGUGUCGAGACUUCCUGUAUUCUACAAGCAACAAUCGUUUUACCUAUACCCAGCUUGGGCUUACUGCAUCUCAUCCUCUCUCCUAAAGAUCCCGUUUUCGCUAAUGGACUCCCUUUUGUGGACCGCAAUGACUUAUUAUGUUAUAGGAUACAGCCCCGAGUUCUCAAGAUUUUUCUACCAUUUUCUUCUGUUGUUUGCUCUGCACCUCGCCUCAACGUCAAUCUGCCGUUUGAUUGCCUCCAUUUUCAAGACUAUAGUAGCAGCAACGACUUUCGGCUCUUUGACGUUAGUGCUAAUGCUUAUGUUUGGAGGCUUCAUUCUUCCACGUCCAUCUUUACCUUCGUGGUUAAGGUGGGGUUUCUGGCUUUCUCCAAUGACGUACGGAGAAAUCGGCAUAACGUUGAACGAAUUUCUUGCUCCCCGCUGGCAAGAGGUUUCGAGCAGAGGUACUACACUUGGAGGGGAUCUCUUAACUAGCCAUGGGUUAAACUUCGAUGGCUACUUUUAUUGGAUAUCAUUAGCGGCACUUUUUGGUUUGACAGUACUGUUUGAUGUCGGCUUCAUUUUAGCCUUAACAUACACAAAUCCUCUGGGGAUGUCUCGAGUUGUUAUUUCUCAGAAGAAGCUCAGCACAUUGCAGAGACAGGAAGCACAUACAAAUAGCACCCGAUCAGAAAAUAGUUCAACCAUUCAUUCAUCUGCUAAAACGUCCAAAGAGAGGAGUGCAAGUACAGGAAAAAUGGCCCUUCCAUUCGAACCUCUCUCGAUAUCAUUCAAGAAUGUGCAGUAUUAUGUCGAUACACCCCCAGAAAUGAUGGCGCGUGGUUUCAAAGAAAAGAAGCUCCAACUACUCUGUGAUAUCACGGGAGCAUUUAGGCCCGGGGUUCUGACAGCCUUAAUGGGUGUUAGUGGGGCUGGAAAGACAACCUUGAUGGAUGUUCUCUCGGGACGGAAAACAGAUGGGACUAUUGAAGGAGAUAUCAGAGUUGGAGGGUUCCCGAAAGUUCAGAAGACAUUUGCUCGAGUAUCAGGCUAUUGCGAGCAGUUCGACAUACAUUCUCCCCAUAUUACCGUAGAAGAAUCCAUCAUGUACUCCGCUUGGUUGAGGUUACCUGUGGAGAUUAGCUCUGAAACAAAAACGAAGUUUGUAGAAGAAGUCAUUGAAACGAUCGAGCUCGAUGAUAUAAAAGAUUGUUUAGUUGGUCUACCUGGGCAAAGCGGCUUAUCAACCGAGCAGAGGAAGAGGCUAACUAUUGCGGUCGAGCUUGUCUCCAACCCGUCCAUAAUAUUUAUGGAUGAGCCCACAUCAGGUCUUGACGCAAGAGCAGCAGCGGUUGUUAUGCGGACAGUGAAAAAUGUUGUCAGCACAGGAAGGACGACAGUGUGCACAAUCCACCAGCCGAGUAUCGAUGUCUUUGAAGCUUUCGAUGAGCUGAUUUUGAUGAAGUUAGGAGGGCGAAUUAUCUACUCUGGCAAGCUCGGUCAUCACUCAAGUGAACUGAUAAAGUAUUUUGAGGAAAUUCCUGGUGUCCCGAAGAUAACCGAUAAUUACAACCCAGCAACAUGGAUGCUAGAAGUUACUUCUGCAUCGACUGAAGAAAAACUCGAUUUGGAUUUCUGUGUCAAAUACAAGGAAUCGGACCAGUACAAGGCAACUGCUGAGCUGGUUCGACAAUUAAGUGAACCGAAUCCCAUUUCAACAGACCUGCACUUCCCAACCCGUUAUCCUCAACGUUUUCACGAACAGCUCACUGCGUGUCUGUGGAAACAACACCUGUCCUAUUGGAGGAGUCCCGAUUACAACUUGGUCCGCCUCAUGUUUAUGGUCAUUUCAUCUCUGCUUUUUGGGGCCUUGUUUUGGCAGAAAGGACAGGACAUUGCGAACGAGCAGGACCUGUUCAAUGUUUUCGGGUCCAUGUACAUUGCUGUCAUCUUUUUGGGCUUGAACUACUGUUCUUCGGUGCUUCCACUUGUGGCAACUGAGCGGACUGUCCUGUAUAGGGAGACUUUCGCAGGAAUGUACUCUUCGAGUGCUUAUUCGUUUGCACAGAAAUUGGUUUUCACCCCUUAUGUAGGUGAUUGUCGAAAUCCCAUACAUGCUAGUCCAAUCAAUUUUGUACACGGCAAUUACCUACCCAAUGAUAGGGUUCUACUGGUCUGCACACAAGAUCCUCUGGUACUUCUACACGACAUUCUGCACAUUCUCGUACUUUGUCUAUCUUGGGAUGCUGAUGAUGUCAGUGAGUUCAAAUCUGCAAGUGGCUUCCGUUUUAGCAUCUGCUGUCUACACCAUAUUGAAUCUCUUCUCGGGAUUCCUUAUACCUGGACCAAAAAUUCCCAAGUGGUGGAUAUGGUGCUACUGGAUCUGCCCAACAUCUUGGUCCUUGAGGGGCUUCUUGACUUCCCAGUAUGGAGAUGUGGGAAAAGACAUACUCAUCUUUGGUGAUCGAAAACAGAUCAGUUCCUUCCUAGAAGAUUACUACAGCUUCCACAACAGUCAGUUAGGAAUCGUAGCUGUUGUCCUUGCUGUUUUCCCGAUUGGUUAUGCAUCCUUGUUUGCAUACUGCAUCAGCAAGCUGAAGUUUCAAAGGCGAUAAUACAUAGAAUCGACGUCUGGGUAUGCAUACUUCCUUAUCAAUGUCUCUGUACUGUGAAGCGAAUAGCACGUUCAUCAAUCAUGAUGUUGGCGGAACAUAAUACAAGAAUAGUUCCCAUUUCGGGAUUUCUUGUUACAACAAAUCAUAUCUUUUUCAGGCAAUUCUCGAGAAUGCUGCAUUUAUUCCCUGUAUAAAUCUGUUUAGUUGAUUGCUGGUUUUGGAGCAA